UGACGUGUUUUUACCAGCUGGCUUUUUUUUUUUUUUUUUUUUUUUAAAGAUGUUCAGCAGCAGUUCGUUCAAGCGGUCAAAAGGCAGCAGAUUCGGACAGCGCUAUUUCUGCUAGGCGAUAAGGGAACGCAGCGCGUUACAGGGAAAGCUUAGACUGGAGAGAGAACGAAACACAGCGCCGCGGAAUCAUUUGGAAAAAAAGACGGCAGCGUUAGGGUCUUUAAUUGUUUUAUUUGUUUUAUCUCUCAAGUCUCCUCCGUGAGAUUUAAGUUCUCCAUGCGAUUCUUCAGACUGACAUUCAAGUGUUUCGUUGACUGCUUUUGAAGGAAUGGAGAAAACAGCGCUCAAUAGCGAAGAUUGCGCAGUGAACGUGGUCCCGGGCGAGGAGAAACAAAGACACUUCAUCCCAAACGGCAAUGCGCACUCCAGCGCAAACGGAGCGUUGGCCAGCGGAGGGGCGACCGGAGGGGGACCCGGUCCCGCAACACCGCCGCUGGUCAGGGCAAGUUACCCAGAAAGAGAGACGUGGACCCGGCAGAUGGAUUUUAUAAUGUCCUGCGUGGGAUUUGCCGUGGGCUUGGGCAAUGUUUGGCGAUUUCCUUACCUUUGCUACAAAAACGGAGGAGGAGUCUUCCUCAUCCCCUAUAUUAUUAUCGGACUGCUAGGCGGCAUCCCCAUCUUCUUCCUGGAGAUCGCACUGGGACAGUUCAUGAAGGCAGGCAGCAUCAAUGUGUGGAACAUCGCCCCUCUGUUUAAAGGCCUGGGCUACUCCUCAAUGGUCAUCGUGUUCUUCUGCAACACUUACUACAUCAUGGUCCUGGCUUGGGGCGUCUAUUACUUUGUCAAGUCCUUCAGCGCUACCCUGCCGUGGGCAACCUGCAAGAACCCGUGGAACUCCGUGGACUGCAUCGAGUUCUUCCGCCACGACGAAUGCCACAACGGCACGAUUGGCAACGCCACCUUCGGCAACAUGACCUGCGAAGAGCUGGCCAACGGGCGCUCGCCAAUCAUCGAGUUCUGGGAGAACAAGGUCCUGAAUAUCUCGGAAGGACUGGAGUACCCUGGUGUGAUGAACUGGGAAGUAACGCUGUGUCUCCUAGCAACCUGGGUCAUUGUGUACUUCUGUGUGUGGAAGGGAGUCAAGUCAACCGGGAAGAUCGUGUACUUCACGGCCACGUUCCCCUACGUUGUCCUGAUCAUUCUACUAAUCCGAGGGGUCACCCUGCCCGGAGCCUAUGAAGGGAUUCUCUACUAUCUAAGACCAGACUGGUCCAAGCUAAAAUCAGCACAGGUGUGGAUCGAUGCCGGGACGCAGAUUUUUUUCUCCUACGCAAUCGGACUUGGUGCUCUCACCGCACUCGGCAGCUAUAACAGAUUCAACAAUGACUGCUAUAAGGACGCCUUACUCUUAGCUCUCAUUAACAGCGGCACGAGCUUCUUCGCUGGCUUCGUGGUCUUCUCAAUCUUGGGGUUCAUGGCUGCGGAGCAGGGGGUACACAUCUCACAAGUGGCGGAAUCAGGCCCGGGACUGGCGUUCAUAGCGUACCCCAAAGCAGUCACCCUGAUGCCAGUGUCUCCUCUUUGGUCAGCUCUGUUCUUCUUCAUGCUUCUGCUCUUGGGGCUGGACAGUCAGUUUGUGGGGGUGGAGGGUUUCAUCACAGGAAUCUUGGACCUGUACCCUGGAAAAUAUUACCAGCGCUACCGUCGAGAAAUCGCGGUUGCCCUCUGCUGUACACUCUGUUUUGUUGUUGACUUGUCCAUGGUCACACAGGGAGGGAUGUACGUCUUCCAGCUAUUUGAUUAUUACUCCGCCAGUGGGAUGACCCUUCUGUGGCAGGCAUUCUGGGAGUGCGUGGUUGUCUCUUGGGUUUAUGGGGCUGAUCGGUUCAUGGAUGAUAUCGCUCGUAUGAUUGGCUACCGGCCAUUUCCCUGGAUGAAGUGGUGUUGGUCAGUCAUCACCCCAUUGGUGUGCAUGGGUAUUUUCUUGUUCCACCUUGUCAAUUACAAGCCUCUGACCUACAACAAGACGUAUGUGUACCCCUGGUGGGGAGAGGCAGUGGGCUGGGUCCUUGCCCUCUCCUCUAUGCUGUGUAUCCCGGUCACCGUGAUCUACAAGCUCUUCCGCACCAAGGGCACCUUCAGAGAGCGCUGGGAUCACCUGACCAAGCCGGUGUGGGGCGGUCAUCACCUGGAAUACAUGUCCGAAGACACGGACAUCAAGAGCCUGGCCUCGCUGACCCCCAACUCGGAGGACAACAAGGUCAUCCUAUUCGAAAGCGUCAUGUAAACCCCACCCACCGGUCAUCUCAUCUCCAUCAGAGCACAUGCAGCUUGUACCACAGGCAUGGAAAUAAGACUCCUGCUGACCCAUUCCUGCUUUUACUGUGAGUUUAAUAAUAAGACACACCUGAG